AUGGAGGCAUUUGAUUCAAGUCAAGCACAGGUGGAAGCCUUUGAUCUCCUACCUGAUAGCCAACCCAACGACCGUCAGCUGAUGGAGAACCUUAUGGAAUAUCAUGCUGAAAAGAGAAACUCUGUUAUACCGUACCUGCUAGAAAAGAGUCCAGAGUUCCGAGAACUCAGUGAUGUGAGACAGCAGGGAUGGGAAACCCCAGAAGGCGAUAAAUACUUCGCGAGCCUUCGUCGAAAUGCCGACAAGUCUGACGAGAAGACGUCAACUUACUUUCAUAAUCUUAUGAAGACAAUUGGAUACGAAAUUGAUCGAGCUACCAAUGCCUUCAAGAUCCAGCAGGUUGAUUCAACCCCACCUGCCAUUCUCGACAUCUGCAUGGCCCCCGGUGCGUUCCUCCAGAUAGCAUUGAAAAAGAACCCAGGCUCGCACGCUCUGGCUUUUAGCUUACCUGUCUCCCGUGGAGGGUACAGAAGUCGUCUAGCAAGCGGCUCGAAUACGAAACGAGUAUACCUGGACGUGACUAUGCUCGCUGCGGACAUGGGUAUGGACCAGAUCCCUGAGGGCCACGAAGAUGCUGAGAACUUUUUGCCCCGGCAAUUUGAGGAAGGUCAGCUUUUUGAUUUGGUCAUUUGUGAUGGCCAGGUGUUGAGGCAGCAUUUACGUGGUGCCUAUCGAGAGAGCCGGCAAGCGAAGAGACUGGUCACCACGCAACUCGCUCUGGGUCUUCAGCACGUUAGACCUGGCGGCACUAUGAUUGUUCUUCUUCACAGACUUGAAGCUUGGAAUACUGUCAAUCUUAUUUGGUUAUUCCGGCUUUUCAAGCCAAAGAAAGGUCACGCCAAGCGAUCAUCGUUUUACAUGGUUGCUACGGAUAUUCAAAGCCAAACCCCAGAGGCUAUUGAAGCGAUCAAGCGGUGGAAGAGAAUCUGGCGGGCUGCCACAUUUGACUCUGAUGAAGAUUACGGCAAGGUGAUCUUGGAUGAAGACUCAUCCAUAGAAACACUGCUCGAGGAUUUCGGGCCGGAACUUGUGAAGUUGGGUAAAGCAAUCUGGAAGAUACAGGCGGAUGCUCUAGCUCAAGCACCAUUCAUGAAGAAAUCCAAGUGA